ACUUUCAAUUUCGCCCCUAGCUGGACCGUCCGGCAGUGCCGUAGUAGUGGCAUCAAAUCGACACAGCUAGCUGUGCCAGAGCCGCUAAGAAAUCUAAACAUGCGCAGCUUUGAUACGAUGAAGCUCUGUGAAUGGUCUACGCAGGAGCUGUGCGAGCAGCAUUCCCGAGUACGAGGCGAAGCUGCAGCCGGAGCUAUAGCCACGCAUAUGCAGGCACAGAGCAUAAUCCGAGCUUCGCAAGCAGCGUUGCGCCGAACAUCAAAAGUCAAACGUGCGGAGAGCUAUGCCGGGAUGGGGUACGGGCCUUGUGUGCUAGCUUGUUAG